AUGGCUGGUGAAACCGGAAAGGAAUCAACAUCUCGCAUAACUGAAGAGAUGAAAGCUACUAUUUCCGAGGAAGUCGGAAAAGCUUUAGAAGCUAGUCUACCGCAGUUCAUCGAUAGACUACAAACUACACUUUUAGCGGUAAUAGAUGAUAAGAUGAAUGAAAAGAAAGAUGCGGGUAAAUUGAAAGCGUGUCCAUAUAAUAAAUUUAUGGCAUGCAAACCCCCGUUCUAUCAUGGUGAAGUUGAUCCGAUCGUUUGUCAACGAUGGAUUCACGACAUUGAAGGGGUAUUCGAAAGGACCCAUUUUGAUGAGACUGAUUUCGUGGCAUACGGAACCGAUCAGUUGAGAGGCCAAGCUAAGGAUUGGUGGAAUAAUCUGAAGAAGGAACAGGGAAUUGAGGCCACGAGAACUAUGACGUGGGAAGAAUUCAAAACUCCGUUCCUUAGACACCAUAGUCCGAAAGCUGUGAUCAAUAGGAUUAAAGAAGAGUUUAUUCAGCUAAGGCAUAAUGGUAAGUCGAUAGAGAAGAUUACAGGAAUCUUUCUUGAUAAGCUCAGGUUUUGUGAUGAGCUGGUUCAAAAUGAAGAACAGAAAAUCUACUAUUACUACAACAUGCUGAGUGCGGAGUAUAGGGAGUUCAUGACUCCUUCAAAAUAUGUGCAUCUUACUGAAAUAGUGAAUGCCGCAUGUGAAAGAGAGAUUGAGUUGAAAAAGCAGAUUGAUAGGGGUGAAAGGAGAGCAUUUGAGAAAAAUCCACUCUCCGCAAAGAAACAAAAGCUGAAUGAAGCUCCUAAGAAGGGCACUGAAAAAGGAGGAGCGCCUCAAUGCAAAAUUUCUGGAAAGAAUCAUAAGGGCGAAUGCUACUUUAAAAACAAACCAUGUCCUACUUGUGGCAAAGUGGGACAUGUAGUUGCAAAUUGCUCAGGAAAGGUGUCGGUAUGCUAUAAAUUUUAUAAACUGGGACACAAAAAGUCUGAGUGCCCGGAGUUAGUUAGAACUAAAGACACCACUGAUGCAAAGCCUGAUGCGCAGAAAGCAAAGGCUAGAUCUUUCCACAUGACAGCUGCUGAGGCUAAAACCAAACCUGAUGUCGUUUCAGGUAUAUUUCUUGUAAAUUCAAUUCCAGCACGAAUUUUAUUUGAUACGGGUGCAAAUAGAUCUUUUAUAUCACAUCGAUUUAUUCAACACCCUACAUUCACGUUAACAAAAUUACCUAUACCACUAGAAGUAGAAAUAGGUGAUAAUAAAAGUUUUAUUGUUUGUGAUAUGUGUUGGAAUUACAAACUGAGCAUUGACGAUGAAGAGUAUUUCGUUGACUUAAUUCCCAUGUCAAUGGGAGAAUUUCAAGUGGUAAUCGGGAUGGAUUGGCUAGCUUGA